ACUAUACAAAAAUAAAGUUUUAGUCUUGAAGUGUAUAAAACGUGUGCAAACAGGUGUCCACUUUCGCCAGCUUCGCAGGUAACAAAGCUGAUGAGUCUUCCGCUUUUUGCUUUGAUGUGGAGUUAAUCAUAAAAUGGUGGUGUAAAGCCUUGACAGCAAUCUUCAGUUCAGUCAAAGGAACCACAUCAGUGCAUUUUUUGGAAAACAUCCACACUGCAUCAAGUUCCUCUUGGAGCUCCGAUCUGGCUUUUCGGAUAGCUUCAUCUGCAUGAUUUGUCACCUGUAGGACGUAGUGAAUUGUACAAAUAGAUUCACAUAUGGCGGAAAACACUCAGGUGACUUGAAGUUCCGAUCAGAGACCCUCAAUUUGGCCAACUUUCAAAAUAGUCCGAAAUGCAUGUGAGACACAUCACUGGAAAGCUUAAAAUCUCAAUUUUCUGGGGGAACAAAAAUUUUGAACAGGAAGGAAAAAAUUUUAAACAGCAAAACCCUAAUUGGAGGCGAGAACACGCGAGAGCAGAAUUAAAGACGCCACGAUUUUAAUGAUAUUACCGCGUACUUACAUUGUUUUGAUCCAAAAACUCCAUGAAGCAUGUUUCACCGAGUGUCAAGACACAGCUGUGAAUGGCCACAGCCGGAUUUUUGUUUGUUUUGUUUUAUGGGUGAAACAUGGUGAUAUAACAAGGGUCGCGAUGUAGAAAUCGCAAACGAGUGGUUGAGAUUUUCUUUUUGCUACAGUUACUCUUUUAAAUGUUAUUUUUCCUUUUUUUUUUUUUUUUUUUUUGUGGAUCGAUUAUUUAUCAUGUAACACAUCGGGGAAAAUGCGACUAACAAAAAAAAUACAAUUAAGCGAUAGUAAUGAGGUAGAUAUCCGUGACUUUUUUACAGACGCCAAAUUUUUCAUUGUGACGUAAUUCAAUUAAAAGUUUGAAAUAUGCGCGUGAAUAAUUUUUAAAAGUCAUUUUUUAAAAAUCUAAACUAAAAUUUGGACCUCAAUUAGAUGCCGAUGAUCGGGUCCGAUCACGUCAUUUUCAAAGUAUCGGAAUCGGCCAAAAAAUAUCGGCCAUGCCUUUUUUUAAUAUAUAUAUAUUAAUUAAAUUGUUUUCUAAUUGUAUUUAACGUUACAGACAUAAUAUGUUACACUUAUCCAGAGUCUUCAGUUUAGGCUUAAGGUAGGGUUAUCAAAUUUAUCCCAAUAACGGCAGUAAUAAAUUUUUUACAAAAUGUAUCACGUUAAAAUAUUUAACGCAAUUAAUGCAUGCGCUGCACGACCCACUCACGCAUUGUCGCGCUCAAUCUGUAAUGGCGCCGUUUUACCUAUAUAGAGAACUAAUAGGCAGCGUAAAAUGGGUAGAGUGAAUUUUGGCAGGCUUUGGAGCCUUAUUUUAAUUGGCUAAAGCCUUACAAUCCUUCUCCCUACAGUUAGAAAUAUCAUGGGAAGCAAUGUGGGAAAGAAAGGUAGCAUUUGAUGUUUUUCUUAACACCUUAUUUCCCGACGCAGAGAAGAUAUAUCAAUUGGUAGCACUACGCACAGUCAUGGUUCCACUUCCCAUCAUGCAUUUGGGCAUGGCCUUCAGUAUCAUUUACUGAAAGCUCAACAAAUACACUAAAUGGCAAUAUUUAGUCACAAUAUACAAAGUCACAAGUCUUUCUAUUCGUGGAUCCCUCUCGCAAAAAGAAUGUUAAUAAUGUAAAUGCCAUUUUGAGGAUUUAUUGUCAUAAACAAAUACAGUACUUAUGUACUGUAUGUUGAAUGUAUAUAUUCGUCCAAGUUUUAUUCAUUUUUUUCUUAAUGCAUUGCCAAAAUGUAUAUGAUUGGGAAAAAUUAUCCGGAAUGAUUGGAAGUGAAUCGGGAGAAAAAAAAAGCAAUCGGAUCGGGAAAUAUCGGGAUCGGCAGAUACUCAAACUAAAAUGAUCGGGAUCAGAUCGGGAGCAAAAAACAUGAUCGGAACAACCCUAAUUCUAAGCUAAAAAUGACAGACAAUUUGAACAAUAAAUAUUAAUACUUACCUUCUUUUUAUGGCUAGGUUUAAACAAAAGCGGUUGCGCGAUGUCUGUAAACGGGGGUUUUCAGGGUAAAACACAAAUUAAAAAUAGUUCGGAGGCUUAGUGCGCCAUGAAUCUGCUAUGGCAGCAUAUAGACAUAUUUUUCUAUCAAGCUCAACAGUUCUUUUGGCUUAAAAUACAGCAGUUUAUUUUAAAGAGGGGUGCAAGAGCAGAAACUGCUUUUUCAGGCUUGUCUGUGUUUUCCGCCAUAUACUGUACAGGGUUAUUAGACUUACUUUGUGAGCUUGAAGUGAUGGCUCUUUGUGCGACUGUUCUUGAAUGAACACAGAGUGCUGGGAUUGCACUCGCUGUAGAGGAAAGCUGAUGUAAAAGCGGCUCUGGAUCUUCACGUCCUUUCCUGCCUCCAAAUCUUUCAGGAGCCUCUCUUUAGCUUUGGUUUGCCAAAUAGUCACAUUCUUCUUUUCAGUCACGGCGUACUCUAGCAAUCUGCAGAUGUGCCAAAUUGAGAUUUUGGCUCGACAUUCUUUCUAUUUGGUGACUAGUUGAAAGUCUCCUUUGGGGCUUCUUUUGUAAUUCACAGUUUUCAUCUUUGUUCCUUAUAUUCUCCUCUGAAUUAUCACUUUCUUUUGUGCUCCCUUUUGGGUCCAUACUGGCAUUCAAGUGUCUUCAUACCACCGUAGGUGAAGGGAACUCCAUCAUCAGUGGUCCUGCAGAAAACAAAAGAUCGAGUGCAGAACUUCUUAGUCUUGCUUUUGAGUGGAUCGAACUGCAGGGAGGUGGAGCGACGAGUGCAGAAUGUCGUUUUAGUCACUCUGCUGUAUAAUUCCAUGACAUUGUUGACACCUGACUCGGUUGUCACAAAGCCAAGGAUGUAGUCUCCAUCCUUGCUGAAGUCCUGUAGAAAUUCCUGCCACCUGACAGCGCUGAGAACUGGGUCAUUGUCCUCCAUCCUGUGAAGUUAUAUACGGUAUUGAAGUUAAUCCACUUUAAUGUCAUUCGAAGACAAUACAAAACAAUACUAGUAACCAUUUUCUUAAAACUAAGUUCAUAUUUACAAUAAUAUACACAUUGAUCUGUUCGUUCAUCCUUACCUAUAUUUCCUCUUUGACACCUACCGCUAACAUAGUGAUGUUUGUUUAAAUUACACAGAACAAGUGUAAAACUGAGUUUUUUCUACUCUCCCGGACCUCGUUAAAUAGAGCCACGCCCACUUUCAUGUCGCUAUAAUUUUCUAAGCUAUCUUUUAAGAGAAUGAUUGUACAUCAGUAUUUUCCCUAUAGGCUGUGCGUUUUAUAGUGUCCGUUUUUAGUAUCCCUUUUGUAUUGUAAAUACAUGUCUAAAAGCGUUUGCCUUUUAACUCCGGCACAUAAUGGGGCACCUACAACAUGACGACAGCAGAGCGGGGUCCUUUGUUGAGCGCCAGUUUAGAUUUUCUCCCUCGUUUCAGCAGUAAAGAGUCUUUGUAAACAAAUAAAAUAUAGUCACAUUUACACCUUCAGUAGUCAGAUAGUUUUAAAAUAUCGAAUCGAAGCACGUUUCGGUCCCGUUGUCAGAAACUGAAGACACGAUUUGUGAAUUUGUCCCAUUGUUGUAUCGACUGCGGUUUUUUGUGGACACUGGUCUACAAAUGGAGAGUGAAGAUGAUCUGGAUGUUUUGACAGCCCUAAUGGGUGAAACUGAGCAGCAGCACGAAGUAGAUUUGGACGGCCUGUUUGACAAUGACGCCGAGGAAGACUAUGAGGAAGGACGAGAAUCGGUGGAUGAGCUGUCAGAGCUCUUUGGCGAUGAUGAUGAUGAUUGUGAAAAAGAAGAGCAAGUCCCUAAAUCGCCUAUAAGCAAAGCAAGUGAGAGUCAUAACAGGUCACGAGAAGAUUUACAAGAAGAGUUGAGGCAAAUGCAGGCAAAAAUGCAAGCGUUGCAGAAGCAGCUGGAAGCGAGCCAAAGUACUUCCUCUACAAUCUCACCUACUCUGAAAGCCUCGUCUCCCAAAUGUACUCCUGAUAAACCAGCUGCUGUGACACAGAAGAUCAAGAGUCUAUCAGAGGGUGACAAAAUGAAAUCAUCCAAUCCAGUUAAAGGAGAAAGCCAAAAGAUCCAAGAGUCCUCUGACUUUAUCUCUGAGUUGAGCAACGCUGAUUCUUUUAAACGUAAAGCAAGAGUGGCCCACCAAACCAAACCCACCACUUCACCGGAAUCUCGGGUGCCAUUAGUGGAGAUUAAGAUGGGAAGCUCCUUCCUGCCAGUGGAAAGCACAAGCAAAGCAGCGACUCCUAGGCGCCCGUCGACAACCUUCCACAGCAGACCUUGUCCGACCUCUUCAGCCGGGCCGCCUAAAGUGGACUCUCUUCCCAAAGACGUAGCAAUGGAAAAAUACUCUGGAUUGCGCCUCAGAAAGCCACGUGUUUCAUCCAGCGACAUGGACCGCAAAAUGGCUGACCGACGACUAAUCCGCCUGUCGCAGGUGCCGGAGCGCCUGCAGAGGGAGAAGCUGGAGGACAGCGACUGGGUGACAUUUGGCGUGCUGGUCAGCAAAGCAACGCCACAGAGCAGCAGUAGUGGUAAAACAUUUAGCAUCUGGAAGUUGAAUGACCUUCACAACUUGGACGUGUUUGUGUCGCUUUUGCUGUUCGGCGACGUCCACAAGGAGCACUGGAAAACCGAGGCAGGCACCGUCAUUGGACUUCUCAACCCCAACUCCAUGAAACAAAAAGACGGCUAUGACGGGGUUAGCUUGACAGUAGAUCAUCCGCAGAAAGUUUUGUUACUAGGCGAAGCUCAAGAUUACGGCACAUGCAAAGCAAUGAAGAAAAAUGGAGACCCCUGCUCUCAGCUUGUAAACUUGUAUGAGUGCCAGUACUGCCAGUAUCACGUCAAAGCUCAGUACAAAAAGAUGAGCUCCAAGCGGUCCGAGCUGCAGUCGGCGUUUUCCGGAAAGGCGCCCAAUAAGAUGAAAGGCGUCAGCCUAAGGGAGCGCAUCUGUCAGGACGGAUUCCACUACGGCGGCGUGUCGUCGGCCGCCUGCGCAGCGUCACUAUCCAAAUCUAAAAAAGCAGGACAGACGACUCUGGACAAGCUCUUUGUGAGGGGUUCCGCUCGUCACAUUCUUGAGGCGAAAAUGCUUGCAAUGAAGUCUGGUGAAGUUUCCAAUUGUUCAAAUGAAUUCAAGAGUUUGAUGUUGAUGCCGUCGCCAGGGGCGCUACAGCUCAAAAAGCACCUGACGCAGGGGAAUACAACGGUCUCUAAAGGUUCACAAGGAUCUCCCCUUCAGUCCAUCUCCGCUUCCGACCUUUUGAAGCAACAAAAACAAAAGCACAGGGAAUUCCUGAUGAACCGAAGACGACCGGAGGGUGCGACGCCAAAGUCGACCCCGGCCUCUUUACUGACAUCUCCUAAAGCGGCUCCCAUCGUCCCCAAGUCUGGUCAAAGUCCCGCCACGCCGCAAACCCCCACGCUAGGUGGAGGCCUCUCAAAAGGCGAGGACGUCCUCUUCUUCGACGCCAGCCCGCCCCCCGCGCCGAGCCUGUCGGCCGCCAAGAUGGCCGCUCUAAAGAAACUGAGAGCAAAGGGGAUGGCGCUGGACAAGGAGGACCCAAAUGCCGUCAAGAGGAAGAGGACAAGCAGCAGCGAGAUCAGCGCACGUGUGGAGAAAAACCUCACGCCACCUAAUGAAUCGGAGGAUGUUGAUUUGGAGCCAGCUGAGAAAAGAAAGCGAGAUGAGCUCAGCUACAUUCAGUCGGAGGCCUUUCAAAAAAUCCUCAACGCCAAAUCCAUCCAUGGAGCUGCCCUACAGGCGGCUGAAUAUCAGCUACAGGAGCAAUACUUUGACGCACUAGUAAAGAAGGAGCAGCUGGAGGAGAAAAUGAAGGGAAUCCGAGAGAUGAAGUGUCGUGCCGUUUCCUGUAAAAAGUGUAACUACACUUAUUUCAAACCGGCGGACCGCUGCGUUGGGGAGAAUCACCCGCUGCACUGGCACGACGCCGUCAAACGUUUCUUCAAGUGUCCAUGCGGACAAAGAGCCAUCGCGCUUGACAGACUGCCGCACAAACACUGCAGUAAUUGCGGCCUGUUUAAAUGGCAACGGGAUGGAAUGCUGAAGGAGAAAAAAGGACCAAAUAUUGGCGCGGAGCUUCUCAAACCUCGAGGGGAAGAGCACGGGAGAUUCCUAAACAGUCUUAAGUAGAACCGAUUUUAGUUUAGUCUUUUAUUAAAUGAUUUUAAAACUUUUUCGUAACCGAUGAUGGCAACAAACAUGCAUUUUAAAUCAUUAAAAUAAUGUUUUUUUUCCCCCCUCAAA